GCUCACGGGUGUCGUAACCGCUGGUUGUGGUACGUACUAAUGCCGCCCCUCUUGCAAGUACUCUGUCUUUCUCGUUGCUAAACGUCGCGUUACCACACGUGAAAUCUAGAGGGGCCGACGGAGGGAGAGAGAGAGAAAGAGAGACAGACACACACGAGGAAAAGGAAAAACCCCCGUGUGUUUGUGUAUGCGUGUAUGUGUGUGUGUGCGUGUCCUCACUCGCUUGGCGUAUGUCAUGGGCGCACGUUGGACGCCACUCUCGUGCACAAUCGAGGAUCGAAUCGAAUCGACGAUCCUGAGUCGCGUCCUAUUAACAAACGAUCAGUGGAAUGAUUCAGUAUUGAAUAACUGGUACGAGAGCAUCUGUUUUGUUGACGUUAUGAUUAAUACGUGUUGUUAUCUGAGUGAUUUCGAUAGUAGCUGUUGACCGAGAAGAGACCGGUGGUGUUUUUGUUAUUGUGAAGUGAUUGGCUUUUGUUUUUCGGCAAGCGAGGAAUACGGAAUAUCCACGAAAGUAAGGGGACUGAUAAGUGAUUAUUUGGGUGUUUAUAGUAAUAAAAAAAACUUGUGAAACGCGUGUGCCCGAGGUUAGGACGCCGGGGGGUUGGUGUUGUUUCGAUAGAACCGGUGGUACAGGCGCGCGCGGGUACCUGAUAACAGCGCCACCGGUGAUAAAGAACUUGGUGGAGGGUUGGUGAUAGAUGAUAGAGUGAUGAAAUGAUGAGACGAUGAUGUAAGAUGUGAGAGACAUUGGUGGAUUGAUUGGUGGACGAGGGAUAAAAGGAAAAUAAAGGAACAAGGUAUAAAUAAAACUAGAUGUGCGUAAAUGGAAGGUAUAGGGGACAUAGCCGAUCAUCAUCGGUCGCAUAGCGAGCAAUUGUUGGAUGCGGUCGAUUCACCAACGGCGGUGAGUACGCAUGGCCGUGGGGGCGGCUCAAAUGUUGCCACUCACAGUGGGGGUGGAAAGAGCAGUAGGGGUAGCAGGCAUAAUCAGCACCAUCAUAACCAACACCAUCACCACCACCAUCACCACCACCACCACCACCACGAGGCCAACAUCAGAACGGGUGGUAACGGUGGAGGUGGGGAUGAGCGAAAUCGUAGUGGGGGACAGGAGCAGCAGCAAAGUGGUGAGGGUAUGUCAUCGUCAGACUCACAAAGUCCCGAUAUCGCGUGCGCGAACCUACCUUUGGAACUCCUCGCUGCUGGGGCGCUUGGCGUUAAGGAGGAGCGAGACCUCGCCGCCGCGGAGGAUCUGUCACCCUCCCAGGAACAUACGGAUAGAACAAGCGCUAGGGAGUCACUGUCGGUGAUUGUACCACCGCAGGACGUUGACGUUGACUCGAGGGACGCCGACUCGGAGUUAUUGAGUCCCGGUAAAUUAUCACCAACUUCUGGUAUAAGUGUGUCAGUUGCUAGUAUGAUCGACGCUACGGACUUCAGGUCGAUGCAACCGGAGCCAACUUAUCAGACACUGACAUCAGUUGCCGAGAGGAUGUCACCGCCAGGCUUUUCACCUGGCUCCUCCUACGCAACCCUUACACCACUUCAGCCAUUGCCACCGAUAUCAACAAUGAGUGAUAAAUUUGUUUAUGCCGGUCACACGGCUGGCGGUGUUUCUGGUAGUUUUGCCGUUAUGCAGAACAAUGGUCUUGGGAAUAUGGGAAUUGGCAUUGGUAAUUCACCCUAUACGUAUGAUAAAUUACCACCAAUGGGCAUGUCACCACCGCACAAUUAUCCGUCACCUGGGGCUGGAUUACAACCGAGUCCGUUGUCACCACAGAGUGCUUACAGUCAGAGUGGAUUAAAUUCACCACAUAAAUCGGCGAGUCCUCAUUAUGAACCAGCAUUUUUACCGAGAUUACAGCAGAGUCCUGCUGCACUCAGUCCACCAUCACCACCUGUUUCCGCGGCGACGAGUUUCGCGCCUUCCCAUCAUUCACCACCAACGUUGUCAGUACCAGCUGCAUCACCACCACCAAUGCAAACCCAAUUGCAACAGCAAUCACAGCAAUCACAGAACCAACAGCAACAAACGAUAGGACAACAGCAAACGAUAUCACAUAGUCAGCAUGUUCAGCAUACGUCUGUUGUUAUGAAGACAGUGUCCUCGGCGGGUAAUGGUGCUGGUGAAGUUGAGGAGAUUAAUACCAAGGAAUUGGCACAGAGAAUUAGUGCUGAGUUGAAGCGUUACAGUAUACCACAGGCUAUAUUUGCACAGAGGGUACUGUGUCGCAGUCAGGGUACACUCAGCGAUUUACUCAGAAAUCCAAAGCCAUGGUCCAAGCUUAAAAGUGGACGUGAAACGUUUAGACGUAUGUGGAAGUGGUUGCAGGAGCCUGAGUUCCAGAGAAUGUCAGCACUCAGAAUUGCAGCCCUGAGUAACUGCUCUGAGGGCGGCGGCGACCCGGAUGCCAUGCUGGAUAUUCAUCACCAGGGAUCAGGAAUCGACACCCAUCACCAACAGUUUCACAACUCAUAUGCUGCACAGAUUCCACAACGAGGAACUUGCAAGAGGAAAGACGAGAUGGCGAGCCAGGCAGAACACCAGCAGCCCGCCCCCAAGAAACCGCGGUUGGUUUUCACAGACCUUCAGCGCCGUACUCUACAGGCUAUUUUUAAAGAAACAAAGAGACCGUCGAAGGAGAUGCAGGUGACAAUCGCCAGGCAAUUGGGCCUCGAGCCAACGACAGUUGGUAAUUUCUUCAUGAACGCAAGACGUCGUUCAAUGGAUAAAUGGAAGGACGAGGACCCGAAAAAUCCAGGUGUGGACGAGGGCCAACUAUCGCCGAGCCUCGGUAUAAGUCCACGCCAGGCGACCGAUGUUUUGUGACAUACGUCUGACCACGAGGAAUACCACGACGAGUCGCCCGAGGAGGAUCUUGCCUUCUCGUAAAUUAUUUCGUUGAACACGGGGUAAAACUGCACGCCGAUGCCCGUCCAUUGUUUUCCUUCUCGGUUUUCAAUUCGACGCCGAAUCGAUAUCAGAGUGCAGUUGGACUUGCAUUUCAAUUUUCAUUCGCCAUUUCAAGUAUACGGAGUCAGUCUGACAUAUUUAAACAAAUAUGAGGAACAGGUGAAUCCGAUUUUUGGCGUUUUUGUGGGGAAAACCAAUGCACUGGGGGUUUUAACUGCCUGACGGCAUCGGCGGAACUACUACUUACACGAGAUUUAUUAUUCCAAGCACUUCAUCUCUCCUCGGUUAGUGCCAUAAUUCGCCAGUUUUAGAUUAAGCUGUUGAGAUGUUUUUUUUUUAUUAAUCAUUUUAUGGUUGAUCCUCUAGUCGAGAUAUUAUCUUUAUUCGUUUCCCCAGGGGGUGAACAUUCUAGUCAAAAUUACGGUUAAUUGGAGGCUUUUCACGUAGGCUUGACAAGCAAUAGUAAUCGAGUUUAUUACUUCUCUGAGACUACAGAAAAAAGACCUUUCUUGAUGAUGCGAAAAAAAAAUAUAUUUCGACGUUAGAAAAUGAAUUUUUCUCCAAGAAAACCAUUUUCUUUUCAUUUCCCUUCGAAAAAAGCUUUUUCUUGAAUGAAGAAUGAUUUUAUUGACUCUGGAAUUGUGAAAACUUGUUGUAGUUUAUUUCUUCUUCUAAGCUGUAGAAACAUCAAGAAACUUCUUCUGUCUGUGAAUUGUUGUUUUUUUUCUGGAGGGCUUGGGUUGACCAUGAUUUAUCUUGCGAUGAGUAGCAGGAGCAAGUUUCAACGAAAAUAAUGAACUAAUAAGUGACUCGUCAAUUCCUCGCGGUUGGUGAAGAGAACAAGUGGCAGGGAUUAAUAAAAGGCCACGUGAUGUUUUUUUUCUGUGCGAGUGUACAAAGUGAUGAUUUAUCAGACGCUGAUGAAGGGGUUGUUGAGGACCAGGGGCUGGAGGACAGUGGGAGAAUUGAGUUGUGCUACGGUGAGUGAUAAUCCAGGAAGCCCUGGCAUCAGUGCUACGAUGCUGGUGCAUUUGUAAAUAAAGAUAGGUGAAUUUUUUUCUUUCGAGAAGCUGAGGACUUCAGGGGAUCAGUAGAAAAUCGAUAAUUGAUACAAGCGCCGUUUGUUGUUGAGUAGAGUAAUUACAGUGACUUAAUGAAUAAACAAAUCUCGAUGAGUCAUCGAUGUUCACUGGAUUAAUCGAAUUUUACUCCUGUAUUCCGUAAUUGCCGAUAAUGCUGUGGUUAAUUGUGAAUGAGCCACCUGUCGAUCAAUCUUUGUCAAUUUAAAACUCUCAAUGUCCAGCAGUUAGUGCCUCACUUUGAUCUUUAUUCACGUUUAAGUAGAUUCCCUUUUUUUUUUCCCUGGGAAAAGGGAUUUUUCGUUGGGCAUAUUGGAUGCAACAAUUCUCCUCCACCAUUUUAAAUCCCGUGAAUAUCGAUGAUGCUCUUUAGAGCGAUAUGGAGAUGUGAAAUACUCGUGAAAUCAGACCAAAAGAGAAUAAUUUUUUUCGUGGAGUGCGUGAGAGAGAGAAUUCAUCGUACCAAAAAUGAAAUAAUAGAGACACGGCUUCGAUCGCCUGAUUAAGAUCAUAUAUAGUACAAAGUAAACAUAUAUUAUUGUAAUAUUGGGUUAAAUGAGGUAAUUGAACGAAUGAUCAUUCGUUGAAUUUUUUAGAUUAUACUGGAAGAGUGUUUGAUAGAUCUUGCGUUGUUUUUGUCAAUGGCGUGUUCGAGUUCCUGGGUACUGUCGGGAAAAAUCCAUUUUCGGGAUCAAGUUCAAUGAUUCAAUAAUUCAGCAUUAAUGUGGCAAAAGAUGAUAAGUGCAAUUUAGCAUUUUUAUUCAUUAUCUAUUUAUCCCGAGGGCAGUUUUACAACAAUCUGUAUUCGUUUUUAUCGGAAAGAACUCGAAUUAUUUGAUAAAAUUGCAAUCGAUUUAAAUUAUUUUAGUAGUUGAAUACUAAAAGACAAAUAAUAAUUGUUAUCAAUACAAUAACUGGUGUUAUUGUUUAUUGUGCUGAAACUGGGUAAAAAUAAGAUUUUCACAAUCUUUACUGAUAAUUUUGUACUCGAUUGAGUUAUCCUGACAAUUAUCCGUUGUUGUUAUAAGAAAGUUUCACUUCGUUUUAAUCGGCGGACGAAGUUUUGUGGCAAGAAUACAGUUUCGUGAAAAAAAAUGUUUUGUGAUAUUCGAAAAGAAGUUUUUAGAAUCAAGAGAGAGUUUUCUUGAGUUUAGAAACUUCUUUCAUACCACCAAGAAUUUUUCCUCCAACAUCAGUGAAUUUUUUUUUUUUUUCGCAAAUGAACUUGAUUAUAAAAAUGAAUUUCUCCUCCCAGUGGAGCUGAAUUUUUCAGUUGUUUUCGAGGGGAUCGUGAUAACUUUACCAUCCAAACACGAUUAAAGUGAAUGUCCAUGGGGUUCGAUGAAGUCGAGUCGAGUGAUUCAUUCAUUCGUAAAAAACCCAUGGGAAGAAUGACCGCUGCCUUGCGUCAGUUAGAUUAAAACGAAUCUCACGCAUACUCGAUCGAAGAAAUCCCCCUGUUAUGUUUAACAAAAAAGAAAAAAGUUAUGAAUGGAAGAGAACUAUUGAAAAUGAGGUAAAUCACGUCACUCGUGUAACUGUAUAAUAUUUCUGUACAUAACUUAGUUGAGAUGAAGAAUUUAUUAUUAAUUAUUACUAUUAUCGAUUUUGACAGAAAUGAUUAUUAAUAUAUUAAUGAGUGAACACGAGAUUUUUUUUUUGUUGAGAUUGGAUAUCUUGAGGGAUUAAUUCUGAUUGUAAAGAAAUUGUAGGUAGACGAGCGAAAAUACUUUGGGAGUGAUUAAAAUGUAUGAACGGAGUGGAAAAAUUCGUGGGGGGAAAAAAUAACAAACUUGACACACUUAGGUAAACAAGUUGAUAAGUGAAAACAAAAUAAGGAAAAACCAACACAUAGUAAAAUAUUAAUGAUAACGAUAAUGUAAUGAAUAUAAAUGAAUAAUAUAUUAUAUUCUACGAGUGUAAACGCGAUGACGAGGGUGCGAGGGACUUGGGGAUUUUUUCCCCUUCGGUCUCAUCGACGCCCUGAGGCCCUUAGUGGAACAGAAAGGGGACGGCGAAAUUUAAUUAAAGGAUCAAUUAAUUCAAGACCUUGUUUCAGUUGUCAUAACGGGAAAACAAAUUUAAACGAUAUAUUUGUAUAUUACAGAGUAAAGAGAAUCAUCAGAGAUUUAAAUCAAUAGAUUAU